AAGUAGGGCAGCCUCACUGCAGGGGAGGGGCCACUGCUGACAGAGAGGGAGGUCGAGGCUCAUAGAGACAGAGCUGCUGAGCCGUGUAGCAUCGAUAGCAACGAACUAACAGACAGACAGACAGAGACAGACAGACAGAAAGACACAGACAGACAGACAGACAGACAGACACAGACAGACAGACAGUCUUCAGCGUUUCAACCAAACAGCAUCAGGAUCAGCAGGUCCUCCAUCUUCCUUCCUCUCUCCUCCUCCUCCUCCUCCUGCUGCUGCUGCUUGCUUCCGAAGGAGAACAUGGAUCCAUAACCCCCCAUCCUCCUCCUCCUCCUCCUCCUCGUCCUCCUCCUCCUCCUCUUCCUCCUCCUCCUCCUCAGCAUUCACACAGGAUGCUCGGUGUGUGAUGCGGCGGCUGCGUUGUGGUAGCCAGGAGUCGUUGCUAAGCACCGGCUGUGUGUCGUCUCUGGAGCUCAGGAUGGACCAAUCAGUGAUCAUCAAACCCGUUCACUCAUCCCUGCUGGGUCAGGACUACUGCUUCGAGGUAACCACCACCACAGGGACAAAGUGUUUCUCCUGUCGUUCGGCAGCAGAACGAGACAAAUGGAUGGAGAACCUGAGACGAGCCGUCCACCCCAACAAGGACAACAGCAGGAGGGUGGAGAACGUCCUGACGGUGUGGGUCAUCGAGGCCAAGGACCUGCCCGCUAAGAAAAGGUAUUUCUGCGAGCUGUGUCUGGACGACAGUCUUUACGCUCGGACGUCAUGUAAACUGAAGACAGACAACAUCUUCUGGGGAGAACGAUUCGACUUCAGUAGUCUGCCCUCCAUCAGCGCCGUCACGCUCCACUUGUACAAAGACACCGACAGGAAGAGGAAGAAGGAUAAGAGCAGCUACGUCGGGUUGGUCAACAUCCCUGUCGCCAUGGUGACAGGCAGACAGCUGGUGGAGAAGUGGUACUCAGUGAGCACGCCCAGUACCAGCAGGGGUAAGUCGUCGGUGCCGACGGUCCGGAUCAAAGCUCGCUAUCAGAGUAUCGUCAUCCUGCCGAUGGAGCAGUACAAAGAGUUCGCAGAGUACAUCAGCUCCAACUACCUGCUGCUCUGCAACACGCUGGAGGCCUCCAUCAGUCUGAGAGCCAAAGAGGAGCUCGCCGCUGCGCUCGUCCACAUCCUGCACAGCACUGGGAAGGCCAAGGACUUCCUGACUGACCUGAUGAUGUCAGAGGUGGACCGUUGCCGUGACAACGACCAGCUGAUCUUCAGAGAGAACACGCUGGCGACAAAGAGCAUCGAAGAAUACCUGAAGCUAAUUGGACAGAAGUACCUGCAGGACGCCCUCGGUGAGUUCAUCAAAGCUCUGUAUGAGUCAGACGAGAACUGUGAGGUCGACCCGUCUCGCUGUGUGACCUCUGACCUCUCUGAGCAUCAGGCCAACCUGAGGAUGUGCUGCGAGCUCGCCUUCUGCAAGAUCCUCGACUCCUACAGGGUCUUCCCUCGGGAGCUGAAGGAAGUGUUUGCGUCAUGGCGACAGGAGUGCAGUAACCGGGGGCGACCAGAUAUCAGCGAGCGUCUCAUCAGCGCCUCGUUGUUCCUGCGCUUCCUGUGUCCUGCUGUGAUGUCACCGUCGCUGUUCGACCUGAUGCAGGAGUACCCCGACGAACGCUCGGCAAGAACUCUGACCCUCAUCGCCAAGGUCAUCCAGAACCUCGCCAACUUCAGCAAGUUUGGGACUAAGGAGGAGUACAUGUUGUUCAUGAACGACUUCGUGGAGCGUCAGUGGAGCAGCAUGCAGCGCUUCCUGCAGGAGAUCUCCAACCCUGACGGACUGAACCACACCGCCGGCUUCGACGGAUACAUUGACCUCGGCCGAGAGCUGUCCACCCUGCACACCUUGCUGACCGAGCUCGACCAGUCAUGUCUGGCGAAGCUCGGUCCUCUUCCUCGGAUCCUCAGGGAAGUGUCGGUGGCUCUGGCUAACCCUGGGGGCGUGGCUAAUCCAGGGGGCGCAUCUGUUUCCUCUCCGGAGCCUCAGCGUGUGGUGUCCCCACCGCCUCUGUCUCCGCCCCCUCUGUCCCCGCCUCUGUCCCCUCCUCUGGCCACCUGUAAUCCCUCCAUCGGCCUGCAGGGCGGCGUUGGACUGGACGGAGGUUUGGUAGAUUUCACCAGACUUCCGUCUCCGACUCCAGAAAACAAAGAUCUGUUCUUCGUCACUAAAGGAUCCAGUCUGCAGCCCGCAUCAGGCGUGCAGGGCUCUCCAGCACCAAGCUCGUCGUACUCGGAGCCCAAUGAGAACGAGGGGGGGUUUGAGAUGGCCAAUGGGGGCCGGAGGGAGGGGCCAGAGCUGACCAAUGAGAGCCGCAGUCUGUCUCUGGUUGACCUACAAGACUCCUCCCCUAGCGACGGCCUUGACGACAGCCAGUGGCAGCGCAGGACGGGGCUCCUCCCCCUCUCCUUCCAGAACCCCGUGUAUCACAUGACCACCACGUCACCACGGCAACCACAGCAGCAGCACCAGCAGCAGACAGACGCCACACCCUCAGACGGCUCGGCGGGGUCGCAGGGAAACGCCGAAGACAGGAACGCCUUGGCAACCAAACCUGCGUUUCUUACCCAGAUGUCUGUGGGGCUGGGAGGGGGCGAGAGGGGGGAGAGGAUGUCGGCCAUGUCGAGCAGCAGCAGCGGCGAGGAAUACUCGAGACGCGCUCUGUCUCUGUCGGAGACGCUCACAGGUAGCUCCGCCCCCAUUCGUCAGAGCUCCUCAGGUCCUCAGAGGCGCAUCGAUCAGCCCCCUCCCCCCUCCUCUGCUCCGCCGGGACCUCCUCGUGGUCGGACACCUCCCAGCAUGCUCAGCGGUGGUGGAGGCUCCGCCUACCCUCCUCGCCCCGCCUCCGGCAGCAUGAUGUCAUCAAGUCCUGAUUGGCCAAGCAGCGGUCAGUCGCGGCUCAGACAGACAUCAUCAUCAUCUAAAGGGGACAGCCCCGAGAAACAACGCCCUGCUGCCAAGGCUCCGUCCCCCUGUGCCUUGGACCGCACCGCCGCCUGGCUGCUCAACAUGAACUCCGCCUCCUCCUACGGCGAGACAGAGGAUGAUCGUCAUGAUGAUGCCCUCAUAGAGAAGUACCAGCAGGAGAUUGCGUUGCUGCAGGAGAAGUUGCGAGUUGCUGCAUUGCGUCAGGACGAGUGUGAGGCCCGACUGCUGGUCCAGGAUCAGCAGAACCAACGCAUGCUGCAGGAGUACCAGGUGCGGCUGGAGGACACAGAGAGUCGACUGAGGAGACUGCAGGAUGAUAAAGACCUCCAGAUGAACAGCAUCAUCAGCAGGUUGAUGGCUGUAGAGGAGGAGCUGAAGAAGGAUCACUCUGACAUGCAGGCUGUGGUCGACUCCAAACAGAAGAUCAUAGAGGCGCAGGAGAAGAGGAUAGCGAGUCUCGAUGCAGCGAACAGUCGUCUAAUGGCGGCUCUGACUCAGCUGAAGGAGCGGUACGCUGUGACAUCACAGAGGAACGGCCUGUCUCCUAGCAACACGUCAUCUCUGCAGAUCACAGAGAACGGAGAGUUCCGUAACUCCGGCAACUGCUGAGCGACCGGCUGCUGAGCUCUGAUUGGCUCUUACUGCAGGCGGGAGGAGGGGCUUACUCAUUAACCACGCCUUUAAAUCAACCAAUCAAUGCUGUCGUAGUCGCCACAGACCUGUCAAUCAACUGUCACCUCCUACAGAGGUGGAUCUGACCUGACUCCGCCCUUGUUGCUAGGUUACCCCUCAGUCCCUGACUGCAUCCCAAGUCUCUUAAUUGUAUACUGCUAACUCCUAACUCCUGACUUGAACCGGAAGUCGUUCAAGGUCCGCCAUCUUUAAGGCCGUCUCAUGUCUCAGGAGUUAGCGUUAGGAGUUAGGAGGGAUCUGUUAGGUGCGAUGAGUAAGGUAACACGAGAGGUUCCUAACAGGAAGUCUUUUUCAGCUUGAGGCUCUGACGUAUGAAUACCCGCCUCCUACAUCUGGCUCAUUUGAACGAGAUGGCGGAGAAACAGCGCAAGUGUACCCGUUACAUGCAUCCAUUU